AUGUCUGGAAAAUCCACCAAAACGCUUCGGAGACUCUUCACGUGCAUGGAAAUGGGGAAGCCAAGUAAGUCUGGACUAGUGGAAGACGGCAGAGAGAAUACGGGCAAGCAUUCGUUUGCUGCGGCCCCAGAAGGGUCGCAGUCCCGAGGGAGUGGUGCCGGCCACCUCGGGCCCUCCGAUGGAGCCCAAAAUGGGAACAGCACGCGUCUGAAAAUGAAACCUCCGCUCCUUGCAAAGCUUUUCCUGGCAGUUAAUGAAGAGUCCAUCAAGAAAAAAACACAGCACCGUCAUCUGCAGCCCGUGAAUGCGGACUGUCUUUCUCUACUGGUCUUAGAGCUCCCUAAGAGGAGAAAGCAGAGUAAUAGUUCUGUCAUUCGAUCCAAUUCCCCAACAACGACAUCUCAGAUUAUGGCCCGAAAGAAAAGAAGAGGGAUUAUAGAGAAGAGGCGCCGUGAUCGUAUAAAUAACAGUUUAUCAGAGCUGAGGCGGCUUGUGCCAACUGCUUUUGAAAAACAAGGAUCUGCCAAAUUAGAAAAAGCGGAAAUACUGCAAAUGACAGUGGAUCAUCUGAAGAUGCUGCAGGCGACGGGAGGUAAAGGUUAUUUUGACGCUCAUUCCCUGGCCAUGGAUUUCAUGAGCAUCGGCUUCCGGGAGUGCCUGACAGAGGUGGCGAGGUACCUGACUUCGGUGGAAGGUCUCGACACAUCUGACCCCCUGCGCGUGAGACUGGUGUCCCACCUGAGCACCUACUUGCCAAAUUGUGACAUCUAG